AUGGCCCUGUUCUCCGCAGCACCGCCGGCCCUGUCCUCCGUAGCUCCGCCCGUGUUCACCACCGCCACAGCCACUGUGGCGCCCUUGCCUGCGCAGCAGCCUGCACCUUCCACAGGUGCCUUCGGUGAGUGGAUGGCGACCUUCGACCACCUGCAGCGCCAGAUGGACGUCCUCGCGACCCUCGUCCAUAACAUUGGCGCACAGCCGGCGUCGGUGCCGAGCAGCAGUCCCGCGCUGCUUUCCACCUCUCCUUCAUUGAUCCCGUCGUUCACCACCACCAGCCCCGUGCCGCCACAGCAGGACAGCGAUGGCGUCUUCUACGGGGGCGUGGAUGACAUCCAGGCAUCGGCGGCGCAGCUGCAGGCGGUGGCGUAUUGCCUCCUAGCGCGCCGGCAGGGACGACAACACCCCAUCUUCAAGCGGCGGCGGCCAGUCGUCCCUCCAGCAGCAGCCUUGCAGCUCACGGAGAGGAAGGCGAUUGCGCGGGCAAGUGCCUGCAAGGUGUUUGCGGCGGUGCGGCUGCAGGCUGCGGCGCGUGGCCUCCUAGCACACCGGCAGCUGCAGAAGAUGCGCUCACCUAUGCACGAGGCGACCUUGGCGGCGGUCGACCUCAGCAUAGGGGAGCGUAACCUAGCAUGGUCGGUCGACCUCGCCUGGUCGGACGGCCACCAGCAACCGCGCCGACCUGCUAUUGUCUUCAGGCGCAAGCAUGGUGUUUUUUCCGUGGGCGGCGGACUCCAACUCUGCGGCACCGGCGAUAUGGGAGCAGCUUUCCUCCUUGUCACCGGCGGGGACGCACUGCCUAGCGCCAUCGCAUGCCGCCGCCGUCCGCCACGAGCACGUCUCCGCUGGUCGCUGUUGCGAUUGAUUCCAGACAGCCAUACCCGUGCAACCCUCUCGUUUCGAUGGUCUCCAUGGGAUCCAGGCGGCUACUCGAGCCUGUCCAGCACGCGGAGGGUGUCCGCCGCAUCUUCAGGAUUCAAGAAUAAAGAGUCGAGUUUAUUUGAAAUAAGCCGAGAUGUAAAAGGCUUGUUCUUAGGUGUUCAGUUUGUGUCUAGUGAAGCCAUAGUUAGCAUCAUUGUUAGGUCGCAGCUCGAGGACGAGCUGCAUGUCCGGGUGGGGAGUACAUUUGCACUAAAAUACUUUGAGUGA